GCUCUGUCCCGAAUUUGACCCGUCAGACGUUGAUACGUUGCCGGAUUUUGCUAACACUAGCUUGCCAGUCUAUAAAAACUGAAUUUUAUAAUUCACACGAACGCAAGAUUUAUUGUUGUGUAACGUUAACAUUUUGUUAGUUAUAACUCAGUGAACCUAAUGAACUGGUAACCGAGGGUACUGCGUAGGACAGCUAACGUUUUCUUUAGCUGCUUGUAAAUCGCGGACAGUAUCUACGAUGGAAAAGGAAAAUACUGCCUUAAACUGUUGUUUUUAGACAAAUUCUACAAUUGCAGCACAUGUAGACACGCUAAUAUCUGGCCUCAAGCUCAUUAGUCUUGUUUCUGAAGUAAUUGUUUAUCAUUAAUGAUUUUAUAUGAAACGCCAUUAACACCAGAAUUCUGAAGACAUCCGUUGUAAAUGCAUCUGUCCACCAUACAGAGAGAUUGAGGGACAAAUCUACAAGCAAAAUGUUUCCCUCAAAGACUGUAACUGUCUUCAUGUAGUUGACCCUAUGCCAGUGGAUGGGAAAGAUGUGGAGGCAUACUGUUUACGUUGUGAGUGUAAAUAUGAAGAACGGAGCUCAGGAACCAUCAAGGUUACCAUCAUAAUGUAUCUCUCCAUUUUGGGCCUACUGCUGCUCUACAUGGUUUACCUGACUCUCCUGGAGCCCAUGCUGAAGAGGCGUCUGUUUGGACACUCACAGCUUAUCCAAAGUGAUGAUGAUGUUGGGGACCAGCAGCCUUUCGCCAACGCUCACAACGUUCUGUCUCGUUCACACUCUCGACCAAACAUGCUGAACAAAGUGGAGCAUGCCCAGCAGCGCUGGAGAAGGCAGGUCCAGGAACAGAGGAAGUCUGUCUUUGAUCGUCAUGUUGUUCUCAGUUAAACUGCCCUGUGAGCAAGAGUUAUCUGUGGAGCAAAAAAACAAAACAAACAAACAAACAAAACCCUGUGACAGAGCCCUUGGUUUAUAUUACUUAGUUUUUCUCAUUUGCACUUAGUACCUCAUGAAGCAUGAUGGUUCCUGGGUGAACAGGGUAAAGACGUCCCUAACAGAUGUAUAGUCAAAGCUGGGAACUUGUUUAUUAUUAUUAUUAUUAUUAUUAUUAUUAUUAUUAUUUUAUUAUUAUUCUGCAGGCAGCACAACAAAAUUACAGUGAAUUUAUUUUGGCACAGUCUUGAAUAAACAGUUGAAAAUCAGAAUGUUUCUAAAUUUGCAAAACUGCCAAGUCACCUGAGAAAUUGUGAUGAAAAGUGUGAUGGUGGAGACAAAUAAAUGUGAGAUAAACCGUGAAUAUUUUAUAAUUUUUCUCUUACUCUUGCUUUCCGCACUGUCAGUCUCAAGAGCACUCUUGUAAUUUUACAAAUCAAACUAAAAUGUCCAGAUGUUGGUCGGUGCCAGUCCUCAUUGUUCGACCGUCCUCCAGCAGUAAAUGAUCAGUUAGCAUGUAGCCGGUGGAUAUUUUCCAUCCAAAAACUAAUAUAUCUUAGAUGUACUGCUGUCAGCACAGGAGAAAGCAGCUAGUGUGGAUUAUAAAUUGUUCAACCUUCUUUGAAAAUGCAUGUUUUGUAAUGAAUAUUUUGUAAAUGUGUUAUCAGUUAUUAAAUAAUGUCAGGUAACUGUGAAAUCCAUUUAAUGCAUUACACUAAAUUUGAUAUUUGGAAGUAGUUUUGAUUAACUUCAUUGCAGAAAUCGAUGCAGUUUCUUGGUGAUGUCUUAGUAAACGUAGCCGUGCUAUCGUUCUGACUCUGUUGAAGACCCCAUUGAAAUCGGUGUCCUCUUCAACUGCCUAAAUCUUAUCUCUAGUCUUUUAUUUUGGCACUUCUUUGUGCUUGGUCUAACACCAGAUCCAGUGCCUGUUGUCUAACAAGCGGCGUUGGUAUGACAGUGGUGUUGUUCUGUGCUCAGAGAAGUAUAUUUUGUAAAUAUUUGGGUUGUGUAUGUGGGCAGAGUGGAUGAAGAACCACUGCUGGGAGACCUGUGAAAGUGUUCCUUUACACAUGAUUCCUUUAUCUUUCAAAUAAAUUGUUACAUUUG